GGUUCUCUUCGCCCAUCGCAUCUUAUUAGUUCAUCGAACGACGCGGACCUAGCUGGUUGUGUGAACUUUGUGUCCUUUAUUACUGUACCUUGUACAACAAGGUUACCCCGUUGGUCGACAGCUUUGCUUUCGGAUACUUGAAGUGAUUAAGUUUUCCCCGGUGAUAGUAGCUCCCCAGAUACAGGUGUUUUCUUAUCCGGAUCCUUGAGCUAUUGGUGGUACCUUCUCAGGAGAACGGAAUAAAGCAGCAGUGUGCCUGCAGCUGGCAGGGUACCAGUUCUUAACGCUAGGAACCUAAGAGGAACUAGUGAUUUAGUGAUUUGCUAGUGAUUGGAAGUUUUGUGCGCAAGCCUUUUGCCAUCAACAAUCAAGCAUCCCCUGUUGUUCUUGACGGUAGAGAACAAAACAGUUGUGAAGUGUUCUGCAUUGGACCUAACACCCGUGAUUUUUUUUUAGUGUGACAGACCAGUGACAUUCCUACGAUCAACACCAACCAACAACCGGCGUAGCUGAGUCUUCUGGGACGGAUAACGCGACAGCGCUCAAUAAUGGCUCGGGGUGACGCAGGGCUCGAGUACAUGUUCAAGUUCGGUUAUACGAUCGUGCUUGUCACGGUCGCCAUUAUGAUUUGGGCGUCGCUGGCACGUGCCCGUGAAAUCGACACGCAAAACCAUCCACCGUGUGCAUUUAAUCCACUGUGCUCCUGCUCCAAGAGUGCACCGGAUCUGGGCGUCGUCAAUUGCCGUGAUGUGCUGUUUCCGGCCGUACCUAAAAUCAUCAACAGUUCCAAGCUGUUCAUGCUCACGAUGGACCGGACGGGAUUACGCGAGCUGGAACCAUACUUCCUGCAGUCAACCGGUCUGUAUCGGCUCGAGAUCACGAACAAUCCACUCACCGAGCUGCCGGACGAAGCGUUGUACGGGUUGGAGCGUACCUUGUGGGAACUGGUGCUGGAGCAUAACCAGCUGGUGGACAUACCGUCACGCACGAUCCGCGAUUUGCGCAAGUUGCGCUUGCUGAGCUUGCGGGACAACGAUAUUACCACCGUCGCACCGGACGCCUUCCGUGGGGUAGAGAGCACGCUGCAAACCCUGGUGCUAGCCGACAACUCCAUCACACAGCUGGCGGCGAACACAUUGGCCGGGUUGCCGAACCUAGAAACGCUCGACCUGUCCGGGAACGGGUUAAUACAGCUGGAUGCGGCCGUGUUUCGUGAUGGGCUGGGGAAGCUGGCGAAGCUGCUGCUAGCCGACAACCUGCUGCAACACGUCCCGUACGAGGCGGUGAGCGUGUUGAGUCGGCUCCGCACGCUGGAUCUUUCCCGCAAUCGGUUACAGGACCUGUCGCUGGAUGACGAUGAGCAGCAGGGCCCUGGUAUGGGCGGUGCUAACUUCCGCCUGACGCUGGACUCGCUCAACCUAAGCUACAACGAAAUGGAAACAUUGCCGGCCGCCUCCUUUACGCAGUUCGACACAGCGAACAUUACGCUGCUGGAUGGUAAUCCGCUCAGCGUGGUUGAGGAUAACGCGUUUCGAUCGGCAAAGAUACGCGAACUGUACGUCCGGCACUGUGAUCUGGACCAUGUGCAGCCGGAAGCAUUCUCGGGGCUGGAAAACUAUCUGCAGGUGCUCGAUUUGUCCGGCAACAAUCUGACGGACGUGGCGGACAAUCUGUUCCGUGGGUUCGAUAAUCUGAGAUACCUUAACGUCAAAGACAACCUGUUACGCCAUCCGGACCAGCGGAAUGCAUCUCCUUUUGCUCGGUUGAAUCUGCACCGGCUAGAGGCAGUGGGCCAGCGCAACCAACCAGUUGCGUUAGCCGACCUGGGCAGCAUGCGUAACUUGCGCUCGCUUACCAUUUCCAACCUACCCUCGACCAGCCUCGGUCCGGACGAUUUCGUCAACUUUAGCCCAGAGCUGGAGGAGCUUCGUCUGAACAGGGCUUCGCUGAAGGUGAUCAAGGCGCACGCGUUCACACACGUCCGUGGGCUCAAGCGGCUCGAUCUGAGCGAAAACCGUAUUGAUUCCAUCGAGCCGGACGCAUUCACCGACGUGGGACAUGCGCUCGUGUCGCUCCGUGCGUCACACGGACUCGGUUCGCAGCUGGUCGUGUUUCCGAUCGAAGCGUUCCGAAAGCUUACCGCCCUGGAGGCACUCGAUUUGAGCAACAAUCGGUUGAAGGCAGUCGGUGACACGGCCUUCCAUCUGCUCCGCAAUCUGGUUAGUCUCGAGCUGCACGACAAUCAGAUCGACGCGCUUGCCAAGGGCACGUUCCAGGCGGACAUCCACACGAAGCUGAUGAUGAUUUCGCUCAGCUACAACAACAUCAAACAGCUGCUAACACACACGUUCGUCGAUCUGGAGGAGCUGGAGGCACUGCUGCUCGAGGACAAUCGUAUCGAAACGAUCGAGAAGCGUACCUUUAUGAACCUGAGCAACUUGAAGCUUAUUAACCUUCGCGGCAAUCGUCUAAGCAAGAUUGCGGACGAAGCAUUCCAGAACCUACCGGAGCUGGAGAAACUGGACCUAGCGUACAAUUCGCUUGCUGCGUUCGAUUUCAUGUAUCUGGAUCAGGUUGGCUCACUGACGUCGCUGGAGGUGGAUGUAAGCCAUAACAAGAUACAAACGCUCGGCAUGGCGGUAAACGUGACCGAAUCGUCCGGUGGCCAUGGUAAUCGGGAACAGCAACAGCAGCAGCCCCAGCAGCAGCAUCAACCCACCAUACACUCCAACAUCCGGUCGCUCGACUUUUCCCACAACAACAUCUCCCGCAUCGUUCCUGGCUACUUCCGCCCAGCGGAGCUAUCACUGAUGAAGCUAGUACUGCGCAACAAUAAGCUGUCUGCGAUUACGCGCGAGCUGUUCGGCACCAUGCCCCAUCUGCAUUGGCUCGAUUUGACCGACAACGAGAUAACCGACCUGGAGUACGACACGCUGCGCAGUACGCGCAAGCUGCAGGUGUUAAAGCUGUCCCACAAUCUGCUGACCGAGGUGCCGGCCGACCUGUUCCGCAAUGUAAACAGUUUGCGUGUGCUAGAGCUAGCGCACAACAACCUCAAGUAUCUGCCGGACAAUCUGCUGCUGAGCGAAGGACUGGAACGGCUGGACGUAUCCCACAACCAGUUUACGAAGAUACCGGUCACCGCACUGUCCAACAUGGCCGCGCUGUCGUUGUGCGAGCUGGACCUUAGCCACAACCAUAUCGGUGCCAUCCACAGUAUCGAUCUGAGCAACAAAUUUCGCUCACUGUCCUGGUUGGAUCUAUCGCACAACCGGCUCGUACGGUUAGAGGAUGCUGCCUUCGCAACCCUGCCGCGACUGUCCGUGCUCAAUCUUUCCCACAACGACGAGCUGGAGGUAAUGGGCAAAGCGUUUGUGGGGCUGGAAAACAGUUUGAUCGAGCUGGAGCUGGCCAACGUGUCGCUCAGCUCGGUGCCGGAGCUGUCGAAUCCUUCGCUGCGUGUGCUCAAGAUUUCUCACAACGAUUUGCCCUCGAUUCCACCGGAGCUAGCGGCCAACAUGACGUCGCUGAGGGUGUUGGACCUUUCGGAAAAUGAUCUGACGAGCGUGCCGCUAAUAACGCACUCGCUGCCGAAUCUGAAACAUCUUUCACUCUCAGGCAAUCCCAUCACAACACUGUCCAACACGAGUUUGCUUGGUGCUGCGGACACGCUGGAACAUUUGGACAUAGCCAAUCUCAACCUGCACUCAAUCGAGACAGGGGUGCUGAACAAACUCCACUUCCUGCGGUCGCUGCGCGUAUCGACCUUCCCGGCACUGCCCAACUUUAACAUCCCGCGCAUACUGGAAAAUGCGAACAAUCUGCGUGAGCUGUGGAUCGAAGCGCCGAAACCACCUUCCAGCUCCUUCGCGACUGGACCGGCGGGAUCAACCGGCACCAUGUCGAAGGCUUCGAAGCCGAUCGCUGUGCAGGCGACGGAUUUGCGCCGCGAGAUGGAUGGUCUGCUGCCCGGGAAGCUGCAGAGCAUUACGUUCGGUGGUACCGGUUUCAGCCGGCUUUCCGAUACCGUGCUCAAAGGUGUCCGGUCGGCUACGCUGCACUUCCGCCUGCACAACACCUCGCUGGUCGCACUGCCCGGCAAUCUGUUCCGGCAUAUGGGCAAACCGGUGCGCAACAUCACGGUCACGAUCGACGAUGACAACGAUCUGCUGCAAACCGUACCGAACCCGAACACGGCCCACUACCUAGCACUGCCGGAGCAUGUCUUCCUGACCGAGCUCGAGAUCGGUGGUAGCGUGUUGAACUGUGACUGUGAGAUAGGAUGGAUCGAGUUCUGGCAGCGGAAGCGGCGCCAGUACCUCUGCCCAGCCAAUCCGUGGACCGAGACGAGCCUGACCAACUACUUCAAGCACACGACGCCGUUGGCGUACGCGAAGGGUUCCGACUGUGGCGAUUCGGCCAACGAGCUGCGCCAGGCACGGUGCAGCAACAAAAACAACGAACUGCUGCUGGAGGUGCUCAAGAAGGAUCUGGAGUGUGGCUGGGGCAGCUCGGGCAACCGGUUGGGCAUAGUGCCGGCGAUUGCGUUCGUGCUCGUGUUUAUCGUACUGCUCAUCUGACUCAUGCGCUACCUGUUCCGUAUGUACAGCGAAUUCUACGACUACCUCGAGCAGCUCUACAGUGAACAGUCGAUCGGUGGCAAUGGUUCCGCCGUUGUCGGCAGCUACCUGGACGACGGGUGCGAUUACAGCAGUGAGCUGGACAUAGAGCUCGAGGAGCUGUGAAUAGAAGGGGGGGAGGGGCUUCCAAUCCCCCCCCAUUAUCCCCCAAUCAUCCGACCAUCCGAUCAGCUUGCAUUUUAACCCAUUUUUCGUUGUUACGUUAAGAAAUACAUACAAGCGAAAGAAAUGUUUACAUGUUCACACGCGCGCGCCCCGUGUCCGUGCCUUUGUAUGCAGCUACAAAAAGAUGGAUUUUAGGUUUGAUUUUCCAACGAGGAUAAAUGGUAAAGCAGCUUCAUGCCGUUUUGUCCGUUACUCAGGUAUUCUUUCGCAAAACAACAACAACUGACUGCCGUUAAACUUUAAGCCGUAAAAGGAAGCACUUGAUCGUCACCGUUUCUUGACGAGAACCCCUUGUAGUAUCAUCACCGUUGUUUCAUACUUAUUUACUUGUGAACCAUGUCGCUGUAGUGGUUUUGGGUCGUUUCUCGUUCAUUCCAUGCGUUGCUGGGUUGUUUAAUCGUAAACGUGCAUAGCUUGUAAGGCCCAAAUGUUGUUGCGAAACCUUUAAUAAAGCUUUGCCAAACAAGUUGCUAAUGUUUGAAAUGGUUC